AAGCAGUAAUAUUAUGGACACACGCACACCAUCAUGGCGGAAAAAUUUGAACAAAAUCUAUUUCUACAAGAAAUAAACCAAGCGAUAAAAAGUGAUAAAUGUUUUAAGUUGUUGCUGGAAUCUUCAACAGACUUGACGGAGUUGUUAUUUCUGCAGAAAUUUACGGAUUACUGCGAAAAUGUGCACAAGAAACUCGAGAAAUAUGAACUUCAAAAGCCUGAAACAAAUGUGCUUCAUAAAUAUGAGAGAAAUAUUUCAAUUAGAGAUGACAUAGUUUGCAAUCUAGAUAUAUUGUGGAACAUCUGCCGUGCUGGGUUAAAACCGUGUGUUUGUCCUACAUUUUUGAAGCUUUUCAAGAUAAUUUGCAAGGAAAAUGGUUGCCUCUUUAGAGUUUUAAGAAAUUGUCUAAACUGUCAUGACCAUUUCAUUGCAUUUCAGAGCUACAAAGUUUUGUGUGAAGUAUGUAAAUGCUUCCCAAAUUCAGUGAUGUGGGUUCAGUUUGAAAAAUUACUUAAUAUGAGUUUGUCGGACGGUAGCGAGAAUUGUAGCAAGUGGCUACCUGUUUAUACUGCAGAGAUAAUAAAAUGCUUAUUUAUUCACAAAGAUAGCUCUGAAAGUCAUAAGACAUUAUGUUGUUGUAUGUUGGAUGAGGGACACAGUGAUCGAACAUGUGCAAAAGAAAUCCGGAGUGCAUUGUGCUGUCAUUGGUUAAAACUGACCUAUCACUUUUUAGCCAGGUUAUCAACUGUUUUGAAAGCUGAAAAUUCAGUAGUGGGAGACGUAUCUGUGUCUAAGUUUGACCCUUUUCAACAAAUUCUUAUAACGAUGCUUUCUUAUGGAAAACUUUUCAUUGAAUCAUUUGACUUGCUUUUAGCCAAUCAGAAUAUGAACGUACAUGCAGAAAAUGUCAUUAAACAAACCACAGAAAAUAGUUCACUUAAUGUCGAUUGCGAGAAGAUGGAUUUGCAAAUUGGCGAAACUUCAAAAAGUGCUAAGCGUGCUAGAAUUUGUGGAAAUGAAAAUUUGAGUAACUCAGAAUUACAUAGUUGCCAAAUGUGUCAAAAUGCUAUUUUUAAAGAUGACUAUAUGAAUCAGUCAGUCUACGGUGGUGAGGUUAGAUGUACACAUGAUUAUAAACUGAAAGUAUUCUUGGAGAAAAUUGUGAUACAGUUAGUUGAAAUUGAUCACAAGAAGUGUUUGCUACAUUUUAGCCGAACUGUUUUUCAAUUCUUGAACGAUUUUGUUAGUGCUAUCUCAGAACGCUGUGUCAGUAGGGAGAAAACAAACUUUGUUCAUGAAGGAACUCUAUGGACUGCAGGAGUUUGUAGUGUCUUGGUUGAGAGUGGUAGUAGGCUGUUGGGGAGUAUACCGCAGGUUAUGGGUGAAGUUCAUUUUGGUGGCAAGGACCACAGUGGGAAACAAGAAACCUUGGAUGUUUGUAGUCAUUCAUAUGAUGAAGUUAGUUUGAGAAAGGUUUUGUUGCUGGUACUUAAAUUGAUGCUGGUUACAUUGCGUACACAAAAUGACUCGUCAAGGAUCAUUGAAAGCUGGUUAAAUUUUGUCACAGAGGUAUCACAUCCUGAGUUGCAAUCUGUUGCAGUUUGGUUGGUCCAGUUGUUUUCUGAGCAGGAUGAUGAAUUGAUCUACUUGUUGUUCUCUCUUCUACAACUCUAUCAAGAAUUGUUUUGUGGUAAAAGGUAUAAGGCUUUAGAUUUUGCAUUGUGAGGUAGACAUUUUCUUUCUGAGAAAAUUUUAUUUUCUCAUGUUGUGCAGAUCUGUUAUAAGUUUUUAAUUUACAUUUCAUUUACAGUUUACAGCCUGUACCAUCUUGGGCAAAUCGUCUACGUAAUUCGCUCAACCCACAUGACUUCUUUACGGAAUUUCUAACAUCUAUCAACUAUGAUCAUUCUCUGUUACUGGACUUUUUGAUCUCCAAUGAAACGCAUUUCUUAUCAUAUUUCCACAACUAUCUUCGACACCUGGCUAAUGACUGGCAUGGCUUUAUAGAAAAUGUUGAGCGAAGGCAAGUUUUGUCCAAAGAAGAGAGGCUACAGCCAUCGGGUACUGUGCAAGUACCAAAAGGGGAUGGUUCUGAGUUUUCAUGUUGUAGUACCAAACAGUUUUGUGGGACUGUAAAACCAUUUAGUGCUGAUGGUGGUGAUCAUGAUGAUGGUUGUGGUGAUGAUGUUUAUGGUGGUUUUGGUGGUGAUGGGUCUGUUAUUCGCAAUGGUGGUGGUGAUGAUGAUGGUGGUGAUGAUGGUGAUGAUGUUGGUGGUGGUUUUUAUGAUGGCCAUGAAAUUGGUUAUAUUGAGAGUGGUGAUGGUGGUUUUGAUGAUGGUAAUGAAUUUGGUGAUAAUGAUGAUGGUAAUGGUGUUUAUGAUGAUAGUGAUGGUUGUGAUGAAAUUGCUGAUGAUAGUGAUGAUAAUGAUGGUGAUGGUCGUGUGGUGCUGUCCAAUAUGAAUAAAAUACAACAGACAUUAACUUGCUUAAUUCGUCUUCGUUAUGCCAUCGAACGAAUGUCAUCUAAAGGCUUGUUUCCCUAUCCUGUCGCUGCGCUGGUCAAGGUCAUGAAAUACAUUGAAACUUUAUAUGAGGGAGAAGGAUGACACGAGUCAUGUCAGUUACUUUGGUUUUUGGUUUAAUAACCAAUGAUUAAAAAGUUCGUGUUCCAGACUCCGAAUAAAAAUAAGUUAAGCUAUAACUAUCUUUAAUUGCAU